AUGGAUGACCCGAUUCGACCCAGCGCUGAGACGUUCCGGAGCAUCUAUGAGGAAAGCUUUAGACUAUGGUCAAGGCUCUACCUUCGCGCUGUCGAGGACUCCCGCCUCCCCGCCUCUUGUCUUUCCAUUGAAAAUGCGUUCCCACACCAUCCGUCCUUUCCACGCAACCUGAGCCUGAAGCAUGUCAAGGACCCCGAAUACGGCUAUGUGAAAAUGUAUGUUACUACGAACGAACCUCUCUCGUUAUCCAUUGCCGAGACGCCAGAUAGGCAUUUCAAUUUUGCGUCGUGGUUCCCCUGCCAUGACCAGAACCACCUCGCUGUCCUCAUCCUGGCCUGGGCAUAUGUUCUGUCGGCUCGGUGGGUCGACACAAUGCCCGAGGGUUGCUCCCUCAAGUAUACCAGCAGCCAGGCGGCGUGUUAUCAUGACGGGGAGGUUACGGGCCAGCAGGCAGACCAGAGCCUCGUGAAGGUAGACAUCGGAGAUGCCAGUUCGGAAGAGGUUCGAUGGUGGGCCGCCAUUCUGGCACCCGAGCAAGGCUGGCAAGCGACCAUGACUCUGGACCAAGACGAGAAGGUGUCCCCCUGGUCCGUCCGCCUCCCGUCGAAGCCGCGGUUUCUGGUAUCACGAAAACGGACUGCGUCACCUCCACCAUCCCCGCCGCAUUCUGCUCCGUCAUUUGCGGACGCCGUCCGUUCUCUCGACAGCUUUUGCGUACGACACAACAUCAUGGACCAGAGCUAUGCUGCACUAGCUGCUGUCCUCCUCUUUCCCACCUUGAGCGAGGAGGACGAAGUGCUGCAGCUGCCAGCUCCCACGGCCCAUAGUUGGAGUCAAUCGACCCAGAUGGCAUUGCCGUAUACUUUGGAGCAGCGCGUGGACUCUACUCGUCAGCUGCAGCGUGGCUGGAUGUACCAAGACAAGCACCUGGACAGAUUGCUCACCAUGAGCUGUCAUAUUUCUGGCAUACGCCCUAUGCUACUCAGCGUCUUCUAUGAAGCUAGAAUAGAAUGCAAUGUCGUGAGUCCUUGGCUACAGGGGGCACUAGCUGUUAUCGAUUCUCUGGCCGGAGAAAACCCCACCGUCCUCGCGCGCAUGUUCAUGGACCGGGUUCCCGAGGUUGGAUUUCUGUGGCUUGGUAGUACCAUUCUAGGGGUGCAGAAGACAUUCCUCAACAAUGUCAAAUACGGAGAAUUACCAGUAAACCUUCACUCUGCUGCGUGGUCAGGGACGAUACAGUCAUUCAUACAGCAACCCGUGUCUAACCCUCUCGUGACAAACGGGUAUGUAAGCCGGGCGGACGAGUGCCGGCUCCUCUCCCUUUCUCCGACGAUAGGAUUCCGCAGUUGGGUGCCCCUGUGCCAGUGGAGGCCAUUCGGCGCAACACCGUUGGAAAUUACCGACAUCGAAAUACGCCUUCAUGAGAAAUGCGGAGAUCACAGGCUUCAAUACCAGGGCUUCGCAUGGAACUGCGUCAAUGGCCAGGUAGAAUCCCGACCGGUCGACAACGUGGAUACGUACACGGCUCUGAGUCGUUCGCCAGCACAUUAUCCCCACGAUGAGGUGCAAAUUCCCAUUGACUACGGAGCGAUGAACCGCGAGAGAGAGUUCACAUCGGUAGACGCAACGCUCAUGAUCAUGCGCUGGCUACGCUCGGAGGGACAUACACGACAUGAAAGGGAUAUGUGGGAGCAUAAAUGGUUUGCUGUACUGAAGUCCAGCGACGGGAGCGAGCCCGGGGACUAUGAUUCUGAGAACAGUUCUUGUACUGGACCAAAGUCACCGUCGUAUGUACGUUCGUGGAUAUCGGGAUUAGAGGAGUGA